AUCUAAGGGAAAUACACCAACGCAGCAGGCUUUUCCCUCGCCAGCUGUUCCGUAUUUGCGAGUUGCGACUCUCUUCUCUUUUCUUCUCUUCUAUUGUGUUCUGUUGUUCUGUUCUGUUCUGUUUGAGAGAGAGAGAGAGAGAGAGAGAGAGAGAGAGAAGAGAAGAGUACUCCCCUCCCCUGAACCUGCGUUGCGUUCUCAUUAUUCUCCUUCUCAUCCUACAAAACCCUAAUUAUUAUAUAUAAAGUAUUUAUCAAUUUAGAUCUUGUCUGUCUGUGUGCCAAGAAAAGAAACUAAUAGGCGGUGGUGCAAAUUGGGGUGAUCUGGGUCGUGAUCUGGAGAUUGAGAGGGCUACGCAUUCACUGGAGCUGUACGAUCCGAAAGUAGUGAAUCCCGCAUCUGGAUCAAACGGAUCCCUCUUCUGCUGUGAAUUACCUGAUCCGUUCAAUGGCGUCGGAAGCUGAAGUUCGUAGCGAAAUUUCUGAGGUUCCGAUUGAGGGCAGGUGUGGGUUGGACAUGAGUUCGUACGAGGAUCUGCCCAAAUUGGAUGGAGAUUGCAAUGGGGUUAAUAAUAAGCAUGUUGAUGAUGACAAAGUACAAGUAGAAGAAGAAGAUACUGACUUGAAUGGGAACGGCAAGGUUGAUCCAGACGGUUUGUAUGUCUUGGUAAGCCGGAGUGACUCCGUAGAUGGUGAUCCCAUUGAUUGCGAUCUCAAUGUGGAGUGUGUCAACAAAUCACACACCCUUCCCGAAUCUACGGUUGGUUCCUUAAACAUUGAUGUAGAGGGCCAAGUUGGGCAAUUGAAUGAUGAGGAGGAUGAAGAAACUGUUUCAGUGGUUGAUAAUUGCAUUGGUAAGGUCGCUGAUGUUGAUGUUGAUGUUGAUGUUGAUGUUCUUGUUGUUGCCCCUGACCGCUCAUUGGUCAAACCUAUUGUGGAUGGUGACGCUGUUCUGCUGCAGGAUCAAAAUUCAACUGCUGUUGCGGAAUCUGAAUACGAGCUGCCUGAUAACAAGGCAGAAAUUGAGAAGCAAAUUGAGCCAGAUUUUGGUUCCUCAAACAGGGAUGUAGAGGGCCAAGUUGGGAAUUUGAAUGAUGAGGAUAGAGAAACUAUGUCUGCGGAGGAUAGUUGCGUUGCUGAGGUCACCGAUGUUGCCUCCGACGGUUCAUUGGUCAAACCCAAAGCGGAUGUGGAUGGUGUUCUGUUGCAGGAGCAAAAUGCAACGGCUGUUGUGGAAUCUGAACACGAGCUCCUUUAUAACAAGGCAAAAGUUGAGAAGCAAAUUGAACCAGAUUUGGGUUCCUCAAACAAGGAUGUAGAGCUCCAAGUUGGGCAAUUGAAUGAUGAGAACAGAGAAACUGUGUCUGCGGAGGAUAAUUGUAUUGGUGAGGUAACUGAUAUUGCCUCGGAUGGUUCAUUGGUCAAACGCAAUGUGGAUGGGGAUAAUGUUCUGUUGCAGGACCAAAGUUCAAUGGCUGCUGUGGAAUCUGAACAUGAGCUGUUAGAUAGCAAGGCCAAAAUUGAGAGGCAAAUUGAGCCAGAUUUUGGUGCCUUAGAGGAUGUAGAGGGCCAAGUUGGGCAAUUGAAUGACAAGAAUGGAGAAACUCUGUCUGUGGAGGAUAAUUGCAUUGCUGAAGUCACUGAUGUUGCUCCAAACGGUUCAUUGGUCAAAGGCGAUAUGGAUGAGGAUGGUGUUCUGUUGCAGGACCAAAAUGCUAUGGAAUCUGAACAGGAGCUGAUUGAUAGCAAGGCAAAAAAUGAGAUGCAAAUUGAGCCGGAUCUUGCUUCUGACCUACAAGAGAAUCCGGAUUUUCCAACUUUGGUUACGGAGGUUAGUCAUUGUGGAAUACCACAGCCUGAUGAGGGCAAGAUCGAGUCUGAGGAACAAACUAAUUUAGAAUCAACUGCAGAGUUAGGGGAGGUUUGUGAAUCUAAAAUUGUGGUUUCAGGGGUCGGGGAGGAGAAAUCUGAGAAACAAAAUAAUCUAGAGUCAAAUGCAUAUUUUAAGGAGAGUGAGGAAGCACAAAUUGUGUUUUCAGAGGCUGCUGAAAGUGAAUCAUCAAUGCUCAAUGAUGGCGAGGUGAACUAUAUGGCAUACAUUAAUCUAGAGUCAACACCAGAGCUAGAAGGGAGUCGGGAAUCUCAAGUUAUUGUUUCAGAGGCUUUUGAAUCCAACUCACCUGAGGUUGAGAAUAGGAAGGUGAUUGCUGAGAAGCAAACCCAGUUGGGGUUGCAUCGAGAAGUUAAAGAGAGCUUGGAAUCUCAAAUCUCAAAGCCAGAAUCUGUGUCUUAUCAGCUUGACAAUGGGGAGAAGCUCGAGGAGGAAGAGAAAACAGAUUUGAGAACAGACAUAAAAGAAAAUAAGGAAUGUCAACCAGUGGUUGCUGGCUUUAGUAGUGGUGUAGAUGAGGGUAACAAAGUAGCAAAUUUGGCCAAUGAGACUGACAUACCAUUAGAAACAGAAAUUGCCAAUGAACAUGCCUCGGAUGGAAAUAAAGACAGCUACCCUACUUCUCAAGUUGAAGAUAGUAUUUCACAAGUCACAGUUCUUAAUGAGCUCAUCGAUUGCAGUCAAAAUACAACUGAAUUGAAUGGUUCCUCCGAAAAUGCCAAAAAGUUGCCUUCCCCUGCUUGCGUGACACCGGAAAUCAAGAUUGGUUGUGAACCUGCUAAAGAUGCAAAACUAGAAAUUGAAGUUAAGAAUGACAUUGUUGGAGGUGCCAUAGUAACAAGUUGUAAUGAGAUGAGCUCAGAAACUGACACUGGGCUUCAUUCCGUUGACCCUGAAGGAAAAGUAUCUACUUCAUCCUGCGCUGAUGUUAAUAUUGAGUCUGAAGUUUCAAAUAAGGUCACAGAUUGUGCAUGCAGCCAGCCAAUUGAUGUUAAUGAUUUGGAUCCAGAAUAUCUUGCUAAUGAUUCACUUCAAAAUGGAAGUGGUGCUGCUGAUAUGAAUUCUGAAUCUGAAGUUGAAAACUCUUCUUCCAUAAGUGGAAGAGAUAUGCCUUGCAAUGAUGUUGCUGUAUCUCAACCUGUGGUUCUGGAUGGCUUUGUUGUUCCCUGUGGAAGUACACCAAACCGUGUCCCAGAGGCAUUGGAUGUCCAAGAUGUUGGAGAUAAAGUCAAUGGUGGAGAUGAUUCUGACAACCUUAUUGAUCACAAAAAUCAAGACACUGAACGGCUUCACAGGGCUGAGAUCUCAACAUCUUCACCAGAGGGGUCUAGUGCUGGCGCUUUGCAUGAACAGGGCACAGGUGUGGAGGCUGUGAAAAGGCCAUUCCACUUCUUGAUUAAGAUUCCAAAAUAUGUUGAUGAAAAACAAUUCAGAGAUGCUCAGCAGCAAGUUGAGGAGAAGACACACCUAAGGGAUGCCAUUCAAGUUGAUAUCCAAAUUAUUAGGGCCAAUUGUGAGCUGCUUCAUAAAAGUUAUGGAGCUGCCAAAACAGAAGAGAAAGCUGCACGAGCGUUAGUUAAGUCUAAACGUCAGGAAAUAGACUCUGUUCAAUCUGUGAUUAACAGAGUGAAGAAUGCUGUGUCUGUCAAGCAAAUUGAUGUUAGGAUACAUGAUAUGGAACACAUGAUACAACAUGAAACAUUGCCUUUGAAAGAAGAAAAACAGUUCAUUCGUGAAAUCAAGCAACUGAAGCUGCAUCGUGAACAGCUCUCCUCUAAUAUGGGUAGCCGGGAUGAAGUUCAGGGUUUGCAGAUUUUGAAGAAGGAGCUUGAUUGCCUGAAGGACAAGGUUUCAAAAGCAGAAGCAGCUGUUGUUGCAGCAGAGAAAAAAUGCAUUGAUGAAAGUAAAAAGCUGAAUGGAUUACAUGCUCAGUUUAGAGCAGCAGAUGAGAUUCGCCAAGAAGCAUACGCACAUUUUCUGAAUAUAAAGAAACAAUUGUAUGAGAAGAACGCGCGGUUUCGGAUGUACAAGGGUGAUGCAAUGAAAGCUAAUGAAUAUGCAUUAAGUGGAGAUAAAGAGGCACUUCACCGGCUUUGUGUUAACCAGGUGGAGACAGUCAUAGAAUUAUGGAACAAGAAUGAUGAGUUCCGAAAUGAAUACCUCAGCCGCAACACAAGGAGUACAAUGAGGAGAUUGAGGACAUUGGAUGGACGUGCACUGGGCCCUGAUGAGGAGACAACUCUGCUGCCCAAUGUUGUGGAUGAAAGAAUUGAGGGGCCUCAUUCGACCGCUGGCAAGGCCAACUCUGAGUUACCAAGUUUUACUCUGGAACAGGAAAAGCGUUUGUCUACUGUGGAGGAUGAAGAAACAGAUGACAAAUCCACAGCAAAGGUUCCAGAGCAAAUAGUUCAGACAACAAUAACUAAAAAACCUGGGAAACCUACCUUGAGGAAUGGCUCAGCAACUGUUUCCGGCAGGGAUGAGAUGGAAGAGAUGAUUGAGGAAGAGCAUAAUAAGCAAACAAAGGAGGAGCAGGAGUUGGCUAGGAAGGAAGAGGAAUUGAGGAAGGAAGAGGCUGCAACCAAGUUGAAAGAGCAACGCCGGCUGGAGGAGAAGGCCAAAGCUAUGGAGGCAUUAGAGAGGAAAAGAAGAAAUGCAGAGAAGGCCCAUAUUAGGGCUGAGUUACGAGCACAGAAGGAAGCUGAACAGAAAGAGAAGGAGAGAGAGAAGAGGGCAAAGAAGAAGGAGAAAAAGAAGUCAGCUGCAGCAGAGGACGCAGAUGGUAACAAUGAAGGAGAAGCUGUUCCAACCUCGGAAUCCCCAGUUGUAACUACCGAGGAGCCUGAAAUCAAGGAGAAUCCUUCAACAAUAACAAAAAGGCCUCAAAAGGUAGUUCAGUUCACAAAGCAGAGCAAGACAAAAUCAAUCCCGCCACCUCUUCGCAACAGGGGUAAAAGAAGGAUGCAGCAAUGGAUUUGGAUAAUUCUUGUGGGCCUGCUUGUUCUUGCCUUGUUCUUGUUGGGUAGCAUUGGCUUCUAUUCCAACCUUGGGCAUAACCUUCGGAUGCGAAGCUCUGGCUUCUGAAUAUGCUUCUUUUUUUUCUUUUUCUUUUUUACAAUUAGUUGGGCUAUCUACUGAGGGGUUCGGUGGGGGAUAUUUGUCAUAGAUAAAUAGGCAAUUCUUUGGUUCUCUUUCUCGCUACUCGGUUUGUUUUUCCUUUGGUUUGCUUUCAGUUAAUUAUAAUUUGCCUUAUAUUGCAUACACACUUGAUAGAUUGGUUCUGUUAUAUGCCUGCCUAUAUGAACUAAAACAGAGCAGUUUCGGUGUUGCUUCCAGCCAGUGUUAUAACUUACAAUAAACAAAUUUAUUCCUAGCAA